AUGAUUUCAGAAAUACCUCUAGAACUUCUCAAGGAGAUACUCCAAUACCUUUCACUCAAAGAUAUCAAAUCAUUUUCAACUUGCUCAAAACAGAGUCGAUUUCGAAGUCUACCGAGCGUCUUCAAGGCUAUUGCAAUAUGUCAAGAAUCAGCUCGAGCACUAAGGGACGGGGGUAGCCUUUGUAGUGUAGUAACUACUAUUCGAUAUGCGAUCUUGAGGCCCUCCAACAGUAGUAGGGAAGUCUCUCAAGAGCAAUUCCACGACCUUGUCAAAGAAUGUAGAGUGUCAUUUGACAUCCUCAAACACUUCAAAAAUCUGGAGGUCAUUGAAAUCGCUGAUUUCAAACUUCCCGAGCAAUUCGAGUAUCGGUUGCUUUCCUCUACUUUCAAAAAACUAUCAACUUAUCCACCGUUCAAGAAUUUGAAGAGGAUUCAAAUGCUUUCGACGUCUGUCCGGUCUGACUUCAGUUUGGCAGCUCAAUAUGAACAUUACCUCGACAGCCUUACCGAUGAAAACAAUAUUUUCAUCAAGAAUGGUGUUCGAAAACAGGACGAAAUUGCCAAUUUUCCCAAAGGAAUAUUUAACCUGGAAGAGUUAUCGCUAAACGUCCUCGAAAUCUACGUGGAUGACAGCGAACGUGAAGAAUCAAUAGGCUUCGCUGAUGAGCUUCUAGCUUCUUCGAGACUGGUGCUAAAAAGACUAUCUAUCGACGUAUACCAUCUACUCUUUUCUGAAAAAAAAAACUGCAUCUUCCCGACCCUCAGCUUCCUUAGCAUAUGGUGCGGAGGUAUGGGUAUUCAGGACAUGUCAGAGAUCAGCUGUUCAUUCCCAAAAAUUGAGGAAUUAAGAGUUGGGGGUAAAAGAAACCGUGUAUACGAACGAAUCAUGAUGCGACCUACGAAGGAAACACCAUACGUGGAGAUCGGCCGAAUGCCGAAACUGAAACGUAUAUUUUUACCACAGCCCUCGGAUUUGUACGCGAGGUUUUUGGACGAGGGGGAGUUGGAUAAAACUGUUGAGUACUGGAUGGGGAAGAGACCGGAUCAGGAGUUUAAGUCGUUGAAUCCGUCGCCGCUGACAAUGUUAGAGCAGGUGGAGUUUUGUAAUGGGUCUACGGAGGGUCUUGAAUGUUGUAUAAUCGAUGGGGAUACUAGAAGGUGGCGGGCUACGAGAUCCUUUUCAAUUAGGAUGGAGGAGGAUCCGACGCUGCGGCCGGUUGGGUGGGAUUUUGAGGUCGGUGCCGACGAAGCACACUGA